AUGGCGCUAAUUGUCCACCCAUCAUCAUCUUCUCCAUCUCUCACCACCGUUAAACCCCAUCUCCGUCUCCACCGGACGUCCCCCAAAUUUCUCAUCAGGGCACAGAAUGAUCUUUCCACAGAAGAACCCAAAUCGGGCGCGGGCCCUUCUGCCAAGAAGCCCGGGGGUUCAUCACCAGGCCUGGGGUUCGGUUCACCAGCUGCAGCUUCGUCUCCAGCUCCAGCCAAGACGAAACAGUCCAAGGGAAAAAGAGAGCGGGCCUCCAUUAUUCGCCGUGAGCCGGUCGAGAAACCCAAUUUCGCCACGCCUCAGCCGGCGGCUCAAGCUGAGGAGCUGAGGAAGAAUGAGAGUUAUUUUCUUUUUGCUUGGUUGGGACUCGGCGCUGUUAUUCUCCUCGAGGGCAUCGCUCUUGCUGCUUCAGGUUUUCUUCCAGAAGCAUGGGAUAACUUCUUUGUCAAGUAUCUAUACCCAGCUUUCACCCCAACUGUCUUCUUGUUUGUUGCUGGCACAGUUGCCUAUGGAGUCUUAAAGUACUUGCAGAAUGAAAAUUCUAAUAACGAAAAUUAA